AUGCAUUUCAACCAAAUGAUCACCGUCGUGGGCUGCCACUGUGCCGGCGAGGUAGGCGAUGUCAUCGUCGGCGGCGUACUCAAUCCUCCGGGCUGCUCCACCAUGUACGAUAAACUGGUCUUUUUCCGGGAUCGAGCAGACCACAUUCGCCAACAGAUGCUCAACGAGCCCCGGGGACGUCCGGCCAUGUGUAUGAAUCUCGUGCUGCCCCCGUGUGAUCCCCGCGCCGACGCUGGCUUCCUCAUCAUGGAAAGCGAGGAAUACCCCCCCAUGUCCGGGGGGAACACCAUCUGCACCGCCACCGUCUUACUCGAGACGGGGAUGGUGAAGAUGGAAGAGCCGGUCACCAAGAUUCUACUGGACACGGCGGCCGGGCCGGUCUCCGUCACGGCGGACUGUGAGAAUGGCAAGUGCAAGGCCGUCGCCUUUGAUAACGUUCCGUCCUUCGUCUUUGCCCUGGACUAUCCGGUGGACGUGUCCGGGAUGGGAACCGUGUUGGUGGAUGUUGCCUGGGGUGGCAUGACCUAUGCCAUCGUCGAUGCGGCCUCUGUGGGACUUCGCAUCUCCAACCAGAACGGCCCCAAGCUGAUCGAGGUGGGAGAGAAAAUCAAGCAAGCCGUUCAGCGCUCGUUCACUCCCGUUCACCCGGAAAACCCCCAAAUCCGCGGAGUCAGCAUCUUGGAGUUUACCGAACCGCUGCAGGAAAAUUCCGAGGGAAAGAAGGUGGCGGUUAAUACGGUGGUGGUGUCUCCCGGGCGGUUCGAUCGUUGUCCCUGCGGUACCGGCAGCUCAGCAAGAAUGGCCGUUCUACAUGCCCGGAGCCAGCUGGCUGUGGGUGAAAAGUUCGAUCACCGCAGUAUCAUCGACAGUUCCUUUGAGUGCCACAUUCGAGGCACCACCCGCGUAGGGGGCUACGACGCGGUGCUACCAACGGUGAAGGGGAGUGCAUGGAUUACGGGGUUCAAGCAAAUGGUAUUAGACCCGACAGAUCCUUUUCCCCAAGGAUUCCGGGUUGGAGAUCAGUGGCAUGUAUCAUAA